AUGCAGUCGGCUCUUCUUGCCGAUGGCAAGAAGGCCCCUGCCGCUGCUGUCAACAGCGAUGGUACCAAGUGGGCGGAGCCUCUGCCCUACAAUUACGAUCAGCUUGCCCAGCAGGGCCCCGAGGUGGCAAACGACUGGGCUGGCAACGGUGCCGUCUACGAGUGGGAUAAGGAAUUUGGCGAUGUUGGUCCCAAAUUCCCCGAGCUCGAGGAGGCCCUCUUCGGCGAUUCCAACUCUCGCCUUGCCUCCAACUCUGGCCUCGACUUCUCUGUCAUCUCUUCUGUCGAGGUUACCCAGGAGGGAGAGAUCCGCGUCGAGCCGGUUCACUCCUACAAGGACGCCGGCUUGCACCCUGUCAUGGAAGAGAACAUCGAGCUUUGCGGCUACGAGGCUCCUACCCCCAUCCAGAAGUACACUCUUCCCGCCAUUCACAUGGGUCUCGAUGUUGUGGCUAUCGCUCAGACCGGCUCCGGAAAGACCGCUGCUUACCUCAUUCCCAUCUUGAACAAGCUCAUGGGCAAGGCCAAAAAGCUCGCUGCCCCUCGCCCCAACCCCUCCGAGUUUGCUCUUGGACAGCAGUGGGUUCGUGCUGAGCCUCUGGUGGUUGUCGUCUGUCCCACUCGCGAGUUGGCCAUUCAAAUCUUCAACGAAGCCCGCAAGUUCUGUUAUAGAACCAUGCUUCGCCCGUGUGUCGCCUACGGUGGUGGUCCCUUGAGAGACCAGAUUCAGCAGCUCGGAAAGGGCUGUGAUGUUCUUAUCGCCUCUCCUGGUCGCCUUGUCGAUUUCAUCCAGCGGCCUGAUGUUCUCUCGCUCAAGCGCUUGAGAUACAUGGUCUUUGACGAGGCCGACGAGAUGCUUCACGAUGACUGGCGCGAGGAGAUGGAUGUCAUCAUGACUGGUGGUGAACAGCAGGAGGGAAAUAUCAAGUACAUGCUAUUCUCAGCCACCUUCCCCAAGCCGCUCCGUGAUCUCGCGAAGGAGAACUUGUCUUCAUCUAGCGUCCGUAUCAACAUCGGCCGAAUUGGAAGCACCCACACCAACAUUCUCCAGCGCGUCUUCAAGUAUGAAUCUUUCGAGAAGAAGGAGGCUCUUAAGGAUCAGAUCAACUCUCUUCCUGCCUGCCGCACCAUCAUCUUCGUCAACCAGAAGCGUACCUGCGAUGACUUGGACGACUUCUUGUUCAACCUUGGCUUCCCGUGCACUUCGAUGCAUGCUGACCGCACUCAGCUUGAGCGUGAGGCUUCCAUGCGCGCUUUCCGUGCUGGAAAGUCUCCCAUCCUUAUUGCCACUGGCAUCAGCGCUCGCGGCAUUGACGUGAGGAAUGUCAACCACGUCAUCAACUUCGACCUGCCCAGCUUGGAUCACGGUGGCAUUGAGGAGUAUACCCACAGAAUCGGCCGCACUGGUCGUAUGGGUCAGCGUGGCAUUGCCACUUCCUUCUACACUGACCGCGAUGAGCCCAUGGCUAGCGUUCUCGUCCGCACCCUCUUGGAGACCAAGCAGGAGGUCCCUGAAUUCCUUGAGCCUUUCAAGCCCACUGGUAAGGGCUUGGAGAACCUGAAGUUCGAGACCGAGAGCGACUUCGACCCUGAGGAGGCAGGCAUUGCUCACCUGGGUGGUGAGGGCGGCGGCUGGUCCAACGAGGGCGGCGGCGGCGGCGAUGAUGCUGGAGGUGAUGGUGCUUGGGGCGCAACAGGAGGCGACUCUGGAGGCGACUGUGCCUGGGGUGGCGGCGGCGACUCUGCCGGCAACGAGACCAAGCAGGAGGAGCCCGAGGCCGCUCCCGCUUGGGGUGCUUCUUCUGGCGGUGGUGGUUCUUGGUAA